AGAGUGGCGGUUCUUCUUCUACUGUCUGGUUUCUUCUUGUAUAAUUUUGUUAAAAGUCCUCUUGCGAAGACCGGAAUGCAGCAGACCUGGUCAAGCUCACCUUCGCUUUCCGGCCUGUCUGGAGGUUUGGCGAUGGUGACGCCUCUGGUGGAAACAGUGACGAAGAAUGUCAUGGAAGCCUGGCAGGCUGUCGGUCUCGAGAUCCAGGAGAAGCCAUGGGGCGGGCCGUCGAUGGCACCUCCGGGUUGGGGGGCAGGAAAGAGAAACGCGGGAGCGGCGGAGGGUGUGGGUACAAAUGAGGUCAGGGAGAGAGAUGAGGGGAAUGGAAGGACGGCACUAGCUCGUGGAGAAGAAGGGCAGAGUGAAGGAGAUGAUGGGAGUGAGGGGAGGGAUAUCGUGAUUGCUUCUCUUUUGCUGAGGAAAUUCACAGGCGUACGAUCUACCGGUCGCAGAGAGCUACUUGUGACGCACCGGACCGGGAUAACGACCGGUAGUCAGGGGAGGGAACUCGCGGAACCGAGGGGCGCCGGCGCAACUACCGGCAGGCGGGGGAGGAAGGCACCUUGUUCAAGAGAGAGCGUCCCGCCAGCCAAGGCUGCAGAGAGAGGCUUGAUUUACGCCCUGGCGUCAGAUGACGUCAACAGCUUCGAGUUGACUGAGGACAUCACUUUGACCGCUAAUCUUACAGUGAUCAGGAAGUCGUUCCAUCUGAUUGGCAGAUGUCCCGGGAGAAGAUGCGUGGUUGAUUUUGCUGCGAAGUUUCGUGGAUUCGUCCUUGAUAAUUCAGCGUCGCCCCCACGUGUGUCGCUCGCAAACUGCAACGGCAGCCACCACAGCAGCACAAGUGGAGGAGGAGGAGGAGGAGGAGGAGGAGGAGGAGGAGCAGGAGGGGAAUCUCCAGUACUCCCCCUGCUGGAACUCGAGAGUGUAGAACUGGCGCGAGCAUGUAUCCCGACCGGGAUCGACAUCGACAAGUCGGAAGGCGCAGCCGUCCACGUGGCAAAUGCGCGGCUCGUCAUACGAAACUGCGUGUUCAGGGACAACAGUAACGGGGUCAGACUGGAGGGCUAUGGGAAUGGCGGGGCCGUGUAUGUGUCCCGGUCGGAGUUCCACGUGUCAGACUCUCUGUUCGUUGCCAAUCGCGCUGAGGGUAAAGGCGGCGCGCUUCGCAUGGACCGAGUGAGCACCGGCACAGCUGUCAAUACAGUCUUUCGUGAGAAUAGCGCGGGAGUUUAUGGUGGCGCCAUCUCCUUCCUUCAAAGCAGCUUAUCCGUUAUGCGCAACUGCAAAUUUGGCGGGAACAGUGCGCGCUACCGAGGCGGCGCUGUUGAGCUCGACGACGGCAACGAUCGCCUCACCAGUAAUCUGAUUCGCUGCAUCUUCUUCAAGAACUUCGUCCUCAACGGCGAUGGUGGGGCAAUGUACGUCGGAGACAUGGAGACGAUGAAUCUAUGCAGCUGUGCAUUUUCGGGCAACUACCUUGUCGACACAAACGAUGGCAGAGGAGUGGACAUAUUCAUUAUGAAAACCACGGAGUUGGAUCGAAUCACGUUCUGUCCGAUGCGGCCGAACGGAACGCACGUGGCCAGAAGUAAAUCUGCAGACGUGGAGAGAGCGGCGGUCACCGGAAAGGUCGUCCGAGGGUGUGACACGUGCUCGGAACUAGAUGUGUGAGCGACUGACUGGUCGAGGACACUUUCGCUUCUGCAACUCAUCGGUCAAAGAAUGGCAAAGCAAUC